AUGAAGAGCCGAAACCAGCCCGCACCUAAAGCACCGGAGGCCCACAGACAGGAAGCCUCCACUCGACGACCACACGCCGCAUGGGUCGGCCGCUCCUCCGUAGCUACACAUGCACUCGCUCGCACUAAGAAGAGGAGGACAGUCCGUAGGAGGAGUGCAGUUCCAGGAAAGCCAACUCACCGGCAAUACCUCAUCAAGCUACAAGCCACCAGGCAAACCACCGCCGCAAAGCAGAAAGUGAGGAGGCCGGCUGGAUGCCACCAACUCGCUAUGGCUGAGCCCUACCGCCAUCGGCACACCUUGCACCCUUUGAGAGAUCCUGCCCAUCACAAAGAGAGGCACCAAGGAAGAGGGUCGCUGUCCCAGGUGAUGAUUGACGCUACUCCCCAAGCCUGCACCUACCUGUGUUCACCAGGGACGGACAAGGUCCUGUACCUACACUGCCUUACUGGACACUCCACUGGUUGGGACUGUAGAUACCCACUGAGGGGCAUCGGGUAGUUGUAAACGCAGGGUCAUAUCCUGCCACAGGCCUCCCACCACAUCAGGCCACACACAGCAGUACUUACCCUAACUAGCUUAAAAUGGCUUCACCAUAGCUUGAUACUUAACACCUCUGGCUGAACAGGCACCCUGUACCGUUAUUAUGCUCCAAUGUUCCAUAUUAUCAUACACUGCAUAUAUAAGUUUCACACCUAAGACAUGUUUAAGCCUGACAGCCACUAUAUAUCUGUGUACUAUCCAGCACACAGGGUAGAAUAAAAUGUCC